AUCGAGGAGAACAUCCGGCUGGGUUGCAGGGAGGCGAAGCCGUUUGCUGCAGUGGAAGCAGCAGCAGCACGAGCGCAUGCAAGCAGCCUCGUUUCGGCUCUCGACGCCAAGUCCGAGAGACAAGUGCAGCAAGCCCUCGACAGUGUUCUUGCUGCAGCAAACACCACCACUUUAGUGGUGGCCCACAGGCUCACAGCUGUUCAAAACCUCGACGAAGUUGUGGUCUUGGACAGUACCCCGGGGCAGGGGGCCCGCGUGGUGCAGCGGGGGCCCCCCCAGGAGUUGCUGCGGGACACGGGGGGCCCCUUUUACCGCCUUUUCCAGGCCCAGGCUGCGCAGGAGGGGCCCCCCCCCGCGCUGGAA